AUGUCGGCGCCCCGAUCCGGCGUGCGCCCAAUCCCUCCUCCCCGCGGCCCCCGGGCUCCCGUGGGACGGCUGGCCAGUCUCAAACCUCCUAGCUCGACUCCUAUUAAUCGUCCAACGUCCAUUGGGCGUAUCCAACCACCCCGCCCGACAACACACCCGAAAACCUCAAACUGUCCUAACCCAGGGUGCCCUGCCCCGCAUAUCGUCGAAGAUGCAGGCGUGAAGGUCUGCUCGGGCUGUGGUACAGUCAUCAGUGAAUCCAACAUCGUGUCUGAAGUCACGUUCGGCGAAUCCUCAUCCGGUGCAGCUGUUGUGCAGGGAUCCUUCGUCGGAGAAGAUCAGACGCACGUGCGCAGCUAUGGCCCCGGUUUUCAGCGUGGUGGCGCCAUGGAGAGCCGAGAAAUGACUGAGCAAACCGGAAAUCGCUACAUGACUCAACUUUCCCGAGCUCUCACUAUCCCUGAAAGCGCAACCAAGGCUGCUGGUCAGGUGUUCAAACUUGCCGUUGGGCUGAACUUUAUCCAAGGUCGCCGCACCAAGACUGUGGCUGCGGUCUGCUUGUACAUCGCCUGCCGUCGUCAAAACGGCAACACUGUCAUGUUGAUUGACUUCGCUGAUGUGUUAAUGAUCAACGUGUUCAAGCUCGGUCGUACCUACAAGGCUCUUCUCGAGGAGCUUCGCCUGGGUGGCAAUGUCUUCCUCAUGAACCCCAUCGACCCCGAGAGCCUAAUUUAUCGUUUUGCCAAGCAGUUGGAGUUCGGUCCAUCUCUCAUGGCAGUGGCCGGCGAGGCAGUUCGCAUCGUGCAACGAAUGAACCGCGAUUGGAUGACCACCGGUCGACGACCAGCUGGUCUCUGUGGUGCGGCACUGAUUCUUGCCGCGCGCAUGAACAACUUCCGCCGGACCGUUCGUGAAGUCGUCUACAUCGUCAAAGUUACUGAAACUACUAUCAGCCAGCGUUUGACCGAGUUUGGUUCUACCGAGAGUGGUGAACUGACCGUUGAUCAGUUCCGUUCAGUUCAACUAGAGAACGCUCACGACCCUCCAUCCUUCAGUCGCGGGCGAGAAGGUAGAAAAAGACAGAGCAAGCAUCUACCCGAAACUGCUGCAGAACUCGAAGAAGAUGACUCACCGACCGAGAAUGAAGUAGAAUCAUCGCAGCCGCACCGCGUGGAUGCUGAUGGCUUUGCGAUCCCUGAUCUUCCGAUCGACCCGGCUUUGACAGCUAAUGGUCACGGCAGACGUUCAUCCGUGGUCUCCAAAGCAGUGGAUGAGGUUCUCCAAGAUAUCCAGAACGAGCCAGUCCACCACAAAGGCAAGGGCAAGAGACGACCCACCCCGGAGCCGUCUGCCGCGCAGAUCGCAUCCGAGGCCGAAUUGGAGGAUGAAAUGCGCUCAAUGCUCGCUCAAGGAUCCGAAUUGAUUGAGAGCGUCGGUACCAGAAACCCACCGCGACCGGCAGUUUCUGACAGCACCGAAAUCGAUGCUGCUGAAUUCGAAGAUGAUCCCGAAGUCAUGCAUUGUCUACUCUCACCUGCGGAGGUCGAAAUCAAGGAAUCAAUCUGGGUCACCGAAAACAAGGAAUAUCUCCGUACACAGCAAGCGAAGAUGCUGAAGCGGGAGCUCGAAGAGUCCACCGACGGAGGUGCACCUCGCAAACCACGCAAACGCCGCCGUGGCCGCCUCGGCGAUGUCACCUAUCUGGAGGGUGACGGCGAGGAUGGCCGCAGCUCUCGUGCCACGACACCCGCUGAAGCGACACGUCGCAUGCUGGAGCACCGUGGAUUCAGCAAAAAGAUCAACUACGGUCUCCUGGACUCACUUUACGGCGGCGAACCGACAGACACAAAGUCACAGAGCAUGAGCCGCAGCACGAGCCGCAGCCAAAGUGUUGCUUCACGACGCAGCGCCAGUGUCGAGCCACAGGCAGCUUCACGAUCCCAACGGGCAACUCCCUUGAGUGCCAAAUUGGUCCGGCCUACUUCUACUGCCCCACUUCCGACCCCACCUUCCACUGCUCCGGUUGUCGUCCACGGCGCACAGCCCGCCGUGAUCGAGGGCGGCCCCGUCGGAGGUGCCAGUCUGUAUCCUGAAGAGGAUGAUGACGAGGAGGAUGAUUAUGACGAUGACGAGAAGGACGAUGGCGUCGAGGACGCAUUUGCAGGAAACUACGAGAGUGACUAUGAGUACGGCGACGACGAUGACUGA